AUGACGCAGUGUACGACCCAGCGGGAUUCCUCAGCUGGCCUCAAUCAACCCAAUCUGGAAGCCAUCAACCAAUUGACUCGCUUCAGUCAGGCCCUUAACGUCGAGCACUGGGCCACCCCAGACAGUGUCUUGAAAUCUUACUCUCCCUUCCAUGCUCCGGCUCACCCAUCCGCCCCGGAACAGCCAGAGGCACACCUGCAAUUGGCCCACCGCCCAGUAACGGCCACCGACGAGACGAGACGAGAAGCCGGUGCCAUGGCUACGGCGACGAGGAAACGAAGUCGCGAAGCCUUUGAAAUCCACGAGGAUCCCCCACACGCACGCACUGAAGACACAGAGAUGGUUCCCGGCUCCGAGCACCAGACUGAGGUUGAAGAAGACGACGACGCAGACGACGCCGAGAACGAUUGCUCCGACGAGAGCUCUGACGAGGACGACAUUGUCGAUUCCACUGUGCAACGCGACAUGGAGCGUCUUCAAGAUUGUUUUCCCGGCUUCCGCCACAAGUAUCGCCUCAUUAAGAGGAUUGGCGAAGGCACAUUUUCGACAGUCUACAAGGCCGAAGAUAUACUCUACGACAGAUACGACAAUGAUUGGGAUAUCGAGAAGGACACACCGAGUGUCAAGUGGUCAACACCGCCGUUGAAGCAGCGCUAUGCUAGCAACAGCUCGGCAACGAGAGAGCCACGCCGUCGUGCUCGAUACGUCGCCAUCAAGAAGAUCUACGUCACGUCAAGUCCGACACGUAUUCUCAACGAGCUCGAACUUUUACACGACCUGAGGAACUGCCCUGCCGUGUGUCCUUUGAUUACAGCCUUCCGCAACACCGACCAGGUUGUUGCCAUCUUACCAUACUUCCGACACGAAGAUUUCCGUGAUUACUUCCGUCAAAUGAAGGUCUCUGACAUGGCCAUCUACCUUCGCAGCUUGUUCACAGCGCUUAAGGCUGUCCACGAUCACAAGAUUUUGCAUCGUGACAUCAAGCCCACCAACUUCCUCUACGACCCGCAGUCACGCCGUGGAGUGCUCGUCGACUUCGGUCUUGCUGAGCGCGAGGGCUCAGAUAGCAAGCCGUGCCUGUGUCACGAGAGCAGAGAUGUCCGCAAGCAGCGGAUCCAAAACAGCGCAGCAUCACAAAACGGCCCGCAACAAGGCUACCCUAAGCAAGACACCCGCCCAUCGCGACGGGCCAACCGCGCCGGAACCAGAGGUUUCCGUGCACCAGAGGUUCUUUUCAAGUGCACCGAGCAGACGACCAAGAUCGACAUUUGGUCGGCUGGCGUCAUCCUCCUGACCAUCAUGAGCAAGCGCUUUCCUUUCUUCAACAGCGCCGACGAUGUCGAGGCUAUGAUCGAGAUUGCUACCAUUUUCGGCACGAAGCGUAUGAAGCAAGCUGGUCUCCUACACGGUGCCAUGUUCGAGACCAAUAUCCCCACAGUGGGCAGCGCAGGAUUCUCCCUUGAAAAGAUUAUUCUGUGGUCCACAUGCCGCACCGACGGAGGUAAGGACGGCCAGCCAGGGAUACCAUUGGACGACGAGGAGAAGCUGGCCGUCGAGUUCUUGGGCCGCUGUCUGGAGCUCGACCCUGCAAGAAGAAUUAGUGCCAAGGAAGCCUUGGAGCAUGAGUUUUUGCGGGAGCCCCAGCCAAAGCCCUCGGUGGAGACGAUAGAAGUUGAGGAUGAUGAUGAGAUGGACAUGCUGGAGGCGUAA